AUGAUGAAGAAACCGACAUCAACAGCAACAUGGGCACUUCACAAAUUGCUUACCAUGUCACCUGCCAUGGCUCCCAACCAAGACCAAGACCAAGAUGGGAUUCCCUUCUUGAGUGAUAGGCACUUUGCCUUGCAUGGGGAGGUCAUGAUGGUGGUUGUGGUUGUUCUCUUUGCUGCUUUCAUUCUCUGCCUUGCUGUGCUUCCAUGUCUCAAGCGAGCUAAGAGUCCUCAACCGCAAUUGAAUUCAGUUGAUGAAGAAGACUCUGCUGUUGUUGAGAAGCCAUUCAAUUGUUUCUCACUGUGGUUGAAGAAAAAGAGGACAGAUGAUGUUGGUGCACAGGAAAAUGGUGCAGCAGAGUUGCCAUUGACGUCUUCUAGUUCAUAA